GUAGAAGAAUCACGAGUUCAAAACAACUCACUCGAUGGGUGCCGCAAAUCCUUGUAUGCAGGGCGCAUUGAGGGGUUUUUCAGCUGCUGUGUCUCUUCAUAUAUUUUAUUCGUGAAUUAGAAGUAGUUAGGCGUCCAAUUAGUCUAAGCAGUCAGUCAUCGAUUCAGUCCACAACUAUGCAUUUCUCAGGUUUCAGUGCAAUCCUCGCAGUUCUUGCUGCGGUGUCUAGCGCUUCUCCUAUGGAGAAGAAGCACUUCAGCGCCGAGAUCACCUUCAUCGGAGCUGCAGGAGCAUCCUUCACUCAGUCAUUUAUUGUAGACGGCUCUAAUGUCGCUAUCACCAACCCCUUGAGUAUUUCCCACAUCUCGUCUGCUGCUGGAGGCGCUAAAUGCACCUUCAAGGGCAUCGAUGGCAGCAACACCGUCACUGUGGGUGCGGAAACCGUUGACGUCGGGCCUCCUCAGACUCAGGUCUCUGGUAGUUGCUGGGCGUUAUGAAUGAUAUUCAGAAGUAUGGUAUAAUGAGAGUGCGAGUAUGGUUUCUUCGAAACUCUCCAUGAUCACAGAAGAGAAAGGCACCGAUAUGGGUAUAUUAUAUAAAGUUGUGUUAAAUUGAAGUCACUCAUUUAGUCUCGCGUUUCUACAGAAUUUGGAAUCAAUUCUGUAAAAUAUUACCUUUUGGAAUUCUCACAUUGUAACUAAAAUAAUAACUAAAACCACUAAGUGGUAUUGUAAAAGAUGAUAGGAACAAGCAGUUGUAGUCUUGAAAGCAACUUUAUAAAUAGAUAAUCUAGGACACAGGAGACAUUCAUUUAGGAACAAACA